UUUCCUAAAAGCAGGUUUGGGUAGCUUAUUGCUUCUACUCGCACAUAAACGCUCUAAUGUCUAUGCUUCCAUUCUACUCUCUCACUGACCCACGACUUCACGACUUGGUGGUGCCCUUGGUGUGGCGCAGGAAGGAUCACGGCGGCGGUGGUUGAUUGGUGGCAUAUUGGAGAUCUGGACAGUGGUGGUUGUUGAGUGGGGCUACUAUAACUUUUUGUGUAAUUUUCAGAUUGGAGAGUUAUUUUUACAAGAAUGGACAGAAGGCUCUUUGAGGCUGCUUGGACAGGAAAUGUUGAAUUCUUGCACAAAUUGAUGGAAGAUGAUCCGUGUUUGCUCAAUGCUGUCGCGUUAGCUGGUGGAGAAACUCCGGUACAUAUUGCUUGUUUGGCUGGCCAUUUUAGUUUUGUACAAGAGGUCAUGAAAUUGAGGCAAGAAUUUGGUAGAGAACUGAACCAAGAUGGUCUUAGCCUUCUGCAUAUUGCGUCGGCUUGUGGGCAUGUAGAGAUUGUGAAGGAGCUUGUGAAGAUGGACAAUACUAUCUGCAUACUCGAAGGAAGAGAAAGAAGAAUUCCGCUUCACUAUGCUGCAAUCAAAGGCAGAGUUGUUGUCAUGAGGGAAUUGCUUUCAGCUAAUGGAGAUUCCAUUGCAGGCGUGACAGCGCGAGGAGAGACUGCUCUGCACCUGGCGGUGAAGAACAACCAAUUCGAAGCCUUGAGAGUGUUGGUGGAACAUCUCAGGCUAUUCAAGAAGGAGGGUGUCUUGAAUAUGAAGGAUUGCCUAGGCAACACCAUCUUGCACCUAGCAGUCUCAUCAAAACAAUACGAGGUGGUUGAGUUGGUGCUUGGCGAACAUGUUGUGACUGGGGGGGUAGUGGAGGUGAAUCCAUCGAACGAGGGGGGUCUAACGCCUCUUGAUGUUCUAGUAUUAUUUCAAAGUGAAGCUGGUGAUAGAGAAAUCGAAGUGAUCCUUAGGCGAGCUGGAGCAAUGACAGCCAAAGACCUUCACUCAUUGCAUGAUCAGGCAGCAUUCAACCGAAAUCAGGAUGCUGCAGCUAAUCACAAUCCAUCAAACGAUCAGUCAAGAACAGUGCAGCAUCGAUCACUCUCUACACAAUUGCAAGAAUUCUUCAAGUACGAUGACAUCAAAGAGUCACCUAGCAAAGUACGGAACACACUGCUCGUGAUAGCUAUACUUAUCGCGACAGCAACUUAUCAAGCUGUGCUUAGUCCUCCGGGUGGUGUUUGGCAGGAUGACUCUGCAGGCUCUGGUAACAGCAAGCCACACACUGCUGGGCGGGCAGUGAUGGGCGCGAAGAAUUGGAUCUCGUAUGGCUUGUUCUUGCUGUUCAACUCGAUUGGGUUUUUCACAUCCCUUCACAUGAUCAAUUUUCUCACCAUGGGAUUCCCUUUGAGAUUGGAAUUGCAGGUGUCGAUCUUCGCGCUGAUAGUGACUUAUGAUACUUGCAUGACUGCAAUUGCACCAAAUAGCCGAAUAAGUGUGUUCUUCACUGUGAUUUCUGUAGUUAUUCCACUUUUAGUACCAUUUGUGACCACUGUGGUGAGAAACCAUUCAAGGAGGCUACCAAAUGCAUUAACCUGCGUCAACCAAGCUACUGUUUGAAGUAUAUAUUUGUUGGUCAGUUGGAAAUAUGUAACAACCGUUUAUGUUCAAAAGAUGUAAUUUGAAUCUUUUAGUUAUUCAUUUGGAUUUCA